AUGACACAUGUCAAAGUUCACUUCGUCCAGGAGUUAUUUCAUCUAAACAAGAAACUUGAUGAUGAUUCACCAGAAGUGAAAGAGACAGCAGGAUCAGGAAUCUUCUACCCUUUCGGUUUAUCAGCAGGAGACUCAAAAAAUACUGCUGCUGAUGAUGCAAGCUCCUCUGCUAUUACACUGUUGAGCCCCUUUCUGUUCUUUGGACGAACAUACCAGCAGAUUUACGUUAAUAAUAAUGGACACCUCACAUUCAGCCAGGCUUCUUCACAAUAUGUUCCCUACUCAUUUCCUGCUAAUGGAAGUAGGGAUAUUAUUGCUGGAUUCUGGGCUGACCUUAAUAACGGAGCAAGUGGAGUCAUCUCUUAUCAUCAAUACAGUAAUGGAAGUGUUCUCACUCGCACCACUCAGGAUAUCAACAAUUAUUUCCCAAAUCUGCCCUUCACUGCUUCUUGGGUUUUUGUUGCAACAUGGGAUAAAGUACCGUACCUUUCCUCUACAGCAACUGGUUAUGACACAAUAAACUCCACAAACUACUUUGUGAUUCCUGGAUCAAAUAAUGGGAGCUCCGUCUCAAACCUUAACACCUCCAGUAAUGUCAAUGUUCCAGGCCGAUGGGCCUUCAGGGUGGACGGUGGACCAUCGACAGCAGGAUCAGGAAUCUUCUACCCUUUCGGUUUAUCAGCAGGAGACUCAAAAAAUACUGCUGCUGAUGAUGCAAGCUCCUCUGCUAUUACACUGUUGAGCCCCUUUCUGUUCUUUGGACGAACAUACCAGCAGAUUUAUGUUAAUAAUAAUGGACACCUCACAUUCAGCCAGGCUUCUUCACAAUAUGUUCCCUACUCAUUUCCUGCUAAUGGAAGUAGAGAUAUUAUUGCUGGAUUCUGGGCUGACCUUGAUAACAGAGCAAGUGGAGUCAUCUCUUAUCAUCAAUACACUAAUGGAAGUGUUCUCACUCGCGCCACUCAGGAUAUCAACAAUUAUUUCCCAAAUUUGCCCUUCACUGCUUCUUGGGUCUUUGUAGCAUCAUGGGAUAAAGUACCGUACCUUUCCUCUACAGCAGAAACAUCUUUUCAAGUGGUUUUAAUCUCAGGCAGUAAUUAUUCAUUUAUUCUGAUAAAUUAUGGAAAUAUUGCUGCAACAGGACGUACAGUGGAGGCUGGUUAUGACACAAUAAACUCCACAAACUACUUUGUGAUUCCUGGAUCAAAUAAUGGGAGCUCCGUCUCAAACCUCAACACCUCCAGUAAUAUCAAUGUUCCAGGCCGAUGGGUCUUCAGGGUGGACGGUGGACCAUCGACAGCAGGAUCAGGAAUCUUCUACCCUUUCGGUUUAUCAGCAGGAGACUCAAAAAAUACUGCUGCUGAUGAUGCAAGCUCCUCUGCUAUUACACUGUUGAGCCCCUUUCUGUUCUUUGGACGAACAUACCAGCAGAUUUAUGUUAAUAAUAAUGGACACCUCACAUUCAGCCAGGCUUCUUCACAAUAUGUUCCCUACUCAUUUCCCGCUAAUGGAAGUAGGGAUAUUAUUGCUGGAUUCUGGGCUGACCUUGAUAACAGAGCAAGUGGAGUCAUCUCUUAUCAUCAAUACACUAAUGGAAGUGUUCUCACUCGCACCACUCAGGAUAUCAACAAUUAUUUCCCAAAUCUGCCCUUCACUGCUUCUUGGGUCUUUGUAGCAUCAUGGGAUAAAGUACCGUACCUUUCCUCUACAGCAGAAACAUCUUUUCAAGUGGUUUUAAUCUCAGGCAGUAAUUAUUCAUUUAUUCUGAUGAAUUAUGGAAAUAUUGCUGCAACAGGACGUACAGUGGAGGCUGGUUAUGACACAAUAAACUCCACAAACUACUUUGUGAUUCCUGGAUCAAACAAUGGGAGCUCCGUCUCAAACCUCAACACCUCCAGUAAUGUCAAUGUUCCAGGCCGAUGGGUCUUCAGGGUGGACGGUGGACUACCGACAGCAACUACAACAGCAACACCUACUACAACCACUCAAAUGACACCUAUAACAACAACUACAACACCUACA